CGGUGUUUUUGGUUUGCUUCAUCAUUCAUUAAGAACGUGAAAAUGGCUAUGGUGUUGUAUUUGUCUUGGAUUUUGCCCUUGUUUUUCCUUGAACUGUGAUGACUAGCUGGUGGCAUUGCUUCGCAGAAACACCUUCCGAACACAAGGCAGCAGAAAGUACAAGCAUGAUUUGCUUUUCAGUACUUGAAAUGAGGGUGAACCGAACCACUGCCAGUCAUGCUUUUCUUCCUCUCAGCUUUGGUUUGGAGUGUUGCUGGUGUUAUUGGUUGCUGGCAACUGAUGAUUUUCUUCUAGCUAAGUGCAGCUGGACUAAAGUGAACCACAAUGGCUGCUGUCAUCCCAGAUAGUCCUCCAAAUCCAAGCUGCAAAAUCAUGACUUUUAGGCCUUCGAUGGAUGAAUUCAAGGAGUUCAACAAAUACUUAGCAUACAUGGAAUCACAAGGUGCUCACAGGGCAGGAGUUGCAAAGGUAAUCCCACCGAAGGAGUGGAAACCAAGAAAACAUUAUGAUGAUAUUGAGGAUUUGAUGAUUCCUGCUCCAAUUCAGCAGAUGGUUACUGGUCAGUCGGGGCUCUUCACACAGUACAACAUUCAGAAAAAGCCAAUGACAGUGAAGGAAUUCAAGCAGCUGGCCUACAGUGACAAAUACUGCACCCCAAGAUACAUAGAUUAUGAAGAUCUGGAGCGUAAAUACUGGAAGAACUUGACUUUUGUGGCACCAAUUUAUGGAGCAGAUAUCAAUGGGAGCAUUUAUGAUGAAGGUAUUGAGGAAUGGAAUAUUGCGCAUCUCAAUACAAUACUGGAUGUUGUGGGAGAAGACUGUGGAAUUUCUAUUGAGGGUGUGAAUACACCAUAUCUGUAUUUUGGCAUGUGGAAAACAACAUUUGCAUGGCACACUGAAGACAUGGAUCUGUACAGUAUUAAUUAUCUCCAUUUUGGGGAGCCAAAGUCAUGGUAUGCUAUUCCUCCAGAGCAUGGGAAACGGCUUGAAAGACUAGCUCAAGGGUUCUUCCCAAGCAGCUCUCAAGGAUGUGAUGCUUUUCUUCGCCACAAGAUGACUCUAAUUUCUCCAUCAAUAUUGAAAAAGUAUGGAAUUCCUUUUGACAAGGUUACACAAGAGGCGGGAGAAUUUAUGAUCACUUUCCCAUAUGGAUACCAUGCAGGAUUUAACCAUGGUUUUAACUGUGCAGAGUCAACAAACUUUGCCACCAUCCGAUGGAUUGAUUAUGGAAAAGCAGCAAAGUUGUGCACUUGUAGGAGAGACAUGGUGACAAUAUCCAUGGAUAUAUUUGUGAGGAAAUUUCAGCCAGAGAGAUACCAGCUGUGGAAACAAGGCAAGGAUUUAUACACUAUUGAUCAUACAAAACCAACUCCUGAAUCAACACCUGAAGUAAAGACCUGGCUACAGAGAAGAAAGAAAAUAAAGAUCUUUCCCAAGUGCUUCCAGCACACCAGAUCUCGAUCUAAGAAGCUUAAAACUCCAGAGGAUGGGAGCGUAUCUGCUAUGGUAGCUGGUGCAGAAAUCACAGCAACUGAAACAGCUACUGGUGGCUUCAAGGUCAGUGAAGAACCUGGAAAAAAGGUGAGACUGGUAAACACAGGAGUACCUUCUGAGGAAGAAGAAAACAGUAAUAGAAUACAGCUGGAUCAACACUUAUUGGAUAAUGUCGAUAUUGCAGGAAGCAUCCAUUCAGACUCAUUUUUGAGCCCUGUUCCUGUGCUAAAAAAAGCAAAAACGGCACAUGAGGAAAGGACAAAUUCCAAUCUCCUUACUUUUGAAGAAUCUGUGGCCUGCAUGACUGCUUCUGAUAGUGGUAGUAAGGAAGACAGUUUGAAAACUCAGCAUCAGUCUGUUUCAUCCAUACCAUGCCAUAAGUCAGAGGGACAUGCUUCUGAAGCAGAAAACCAAGAUAAAGAGGAAAAUGUCUUGACAGAGGAUGAUGUCAGCAACCUAGAAAGCCAUGGAAGUGGCUUUGAAUGUGGAGAAAUGCGUGUUCUGGUAAACAAUGAAGAAGAUGGCAUGGAAACAUCCAGUCCAGCAGAAGUUGAAAAACAGAAAAUAUCUAAGAGUUGGCGUCAUCCACUAAGUAAACCCCCAGCUAGAUCUCCAAUCACUUUGGUUAAACAACAAGCCACUAGUGAUGAAGAACUGCCUGAGACUUCCUUAAUUGAAGAGAAAGAUCAAGAAGGGGAGAUGUGGGCUAGGCCUCUAGUGUACCUUUGGCAGACGGGAGUUCCCGAUUUCGAUGCUGAAAAAAAAUACAAUGCAGCUUGUGCAAAAAAGGAACCAUGUUGUGCCAUUUGCACUCUUCUCAUGCCGUACUACAAGCCAGACAAUCAUGAUGAAGAUAGUCUUACUUUUGGGGAAGCAACCUCAGAAGAAACAUUGAUCACUGAAAAUGAAAAGACUAAGCCUCUUAUUCCAGAGAUGUGUUUUAUUUAUAGUGAAGAAAACACUGAAAACUAUCCAUCAAAUGCCUUCAUUGAAGAAGAUGGAACAAGUCUUCUCAUUUCCUGUGCAAAAUGUUUUGUACGGGUUCAUGCAAGUUGCUAUGGUGUUCCUUCUCAUGAAAUCCAUAAUGAAUGGUUGUGUUCUCGGUGCAGAAAAGAAGCCUGGACAGCUGAAUGUUGUCUCUGCAAUUUGAGAGGUGGUGCAUUAAAGCAAACUACUGACAAGAAGUGGGCACAUGUAAUAUGUGCAAUUGCCAUCCCAGAAGUCAGAUUUGGUAAUGUCACAGAACGUACACCGAUAGACACUAGCAGAAUACCUUUGCAAAGAUUAAAGUUGAAAUGUAUCUUCUGCAGACAGAGAAUUAAGAAAAUCUCUGGUGCCUGCAUUCAGUGUUCAUAUGGACGCUGUCCAGCCUCAUUCCAUGUUACCUGUGCCCAUGCUGCAGGAGUGUUAAUGGAACCUGAUGACUGGCCAUAUGUUGUCUACAUCAUGUGUUUGAGGCACAAGAUCAACCCAAAUGCGAGAGCCAAAGCAUGUGAGAAGGCCAUUACAGUUGGGCAGACCGUCAUCACAAAACACAGGAAUACACGAUACUAUAGUUGCAGAGUCAUAAGAGUGACAUCUCAACUUUUCUAUGAAGUCAUGUUUGAUGAUGGCUCUUUCAGUCUGGAUACUUUCCCUGAAGACAUAGUAAGCAGAGAUUGCCAAAGGCUGGGCCCACCUGCAGAGGGAGAGGUUGUCCAAGUGAAGUGGCCUGAUGGAAAGCUAUAUGGUGCAAAGUAUCUGGGGAUGAACACAGCUUACAUGUAUCAGGUAGAGUUUGAAGAUGGUUCUCAAAUAGUAAUGAAGAGAGAGGAGAUUUAUACGCUAGAUGAAGAGCUUCCUAAGAGAGUGAAAGCACGUUUGUCUACAGCCUCUGAUAUGAGAUUUGAAGACACAUUUUAUGGAGCAAAUAUUAUCUUGGGAGAGAAGAAGAGGCAGAGAGUAUUGAGUUCCCGCUUUAGGAAUGAAUAUGUGGAUGAUCCAGGAUACCGCACCUUCUUAAAAAGCUCAUUCCAGAAGAAGUGCCAGAAGGGACUAUAAAGGAAGCAAGAGAGAGAGAGGAUGUUGAUUGAAAAGCAUGCAGUGUUAUUUGGCAGUUGGUUUCAGUUUAAUUGAAUACCCAAUUUUACAAUGAGCUAAUCCAUACACAAGGCUUGUAAACUGAAGUACUUGAAUUCUGAUUUCUUCAGUUAAUGUAUUAAAGAUUUUGCAGUGUUUUGCAUUAUGAAACUAAGGGGGAAGCAAGCUGAAAGUAAGGGGGAUUACACAGUGAUAUGCUGUAGAAAACUUUCAGUCCUGCUUGUAUUGAAGUAAGUGGUAAAAUUCCCUUUGAAUUAUGAGAUAAGAUUCCAACCGAAACCAUCCUAUGAUUCUAUGAGUCACAUUCAGAAGAGGAGAGAUUUUAGUAAGUAGAGAUAAUUUCAGUGGCUCAUAUUUUUUUGCAGACAGGAAAGGAUAUUAAAUUUAAUAAUAGCACUUUUUAUAAAACAUUUUUAAAACAAUUACAAAUAUGUACAGUACUAAGACAAACAAAAGCUGUAUUUACCUUGUACAGUGCUUUUACAUUUUUAUGUCACUACCGCUUUCAGUAGGUUUUGAUGUGGAUUCAGCUGUUGACUUAGAUAUUUUUGUCUUUUAAGAAAGAUACCUGCAGUGCAGCAAAGGUGUUUUGUAUAUUUAGAGAGGCAGAUUUUGGCAGUUAUUUUUAAACAUGUUUUUCAUAAGGUCUAUUAAGAAUAGCUAUUUGUAAAAUAUAAUUUUCUUCAUUAUGUGCAAGAAAAAAUAGAGUUUAAAUAUAUAUGCUUAACUACCUAGUUUUGAAUGACUAUUAUUGUCUUCCUUUUAAAAUAAUAUGUAAUAAUAUUUUAAAAUAAACAAACAAAUAAAUACUGUCCUUUUACUUACAGCAUUUUGUCUG